AUGGCUCCGGCAUUUCUUUCAGCAUUGGUCCUGACUGGACUUCCUCUUGCAUUGGGUCAAUUCGUCAAGGCUCCAACGAAUUUGACUCACGCGACUGGUUAUGCGAAUGUCUCCGUCCGCUACAAGGAGGUUCCCAAUGGCAUCUGCGAGCUCAACAAUACCGUCAAGAGCUACUCGGGCUAUCUCGAUGUGGACACCAACGAACACUAUUUCUUUUGGUUCUUCGAAGCUCGUAACCAAAAUCCCAAGGAUGCUCCUCUCACAGUCUGGAUCAAUGGUGGUCCAGGAUCUAGCAGCAUGAUUGGCCUGUUCCAGGAGCUUGGUCCUUGCAGAGUCGAAUCUGAUGGCACAGUCGUCAACAACCCCCACUCGUGGAGUGAGUCAAGUAACAUGAUUUUCAUUGACCAGCCUGCCCAAGUUGGCUUCUCAUACUCUAUUCCUGUUCCUGGGUACACCGAUCCUAACUCCGGUUCUAUCAUCACUCUCCCCAAUGCCACCUGUCCUGAGUACGCAGAUAGCUGUGGUACAUAUUCAUACCCCAACGAAACUCUCACCGCCAAUUCAACUGCUGGUGUAGCGCCAAACUUCUGGAAAGGUCUACAAGGCUUCAUGGGUGCUUUCCCGCAAUACUCUCGCCACGAGUUUAACUUUGCUACAGAGAGUUAUGGCGGACACUACGGAGGGAUCAUCAACCAAUAUAUCGAAGGACAGAAUGACCUUAUUGCAAAGGGCCAGCUUCCUGAUGCUCAUCAUAUCAACCUCAAAACACUUCUCAUCGGCAACGGCUGGUAUGAUCCUCUGAUUCAGUACCAAGCUUAUUACAACUUCACCGUGUUCCCCGGAAAUACAUACGACUACAAACCAUUCAACGAGAGUGUCUCAGCCAUGAUGUACAACGCACUUUAUGGGCCAGGGAACUGUGUGGAUAUGACCAAAGAUUGCUAUGCUCGCGGCAUCAACGAAAUCUGCAGCUUCGCCGACAACUUCUGUGCUAACAAUGUCGAGAGUGUUCUCGAUAUUUACGCUUUGCGCGAUGAAUACGACAUUCGUGAACUAUCGCCCGACCCAUUCCCACCUACUUUCUAUGUGGACUACCUCAAUUCUCCCAUGGUUCAGGAAGCUAUUGGCGCUUAUGUCAACUUCAGUGAGAGUAGCAGUGCUGUCUCGUCAGCUUUCGGAAGCACAGGUGACGAUGACCGUGAGGAUGGCACUAUUGAGGCACUGAAGUCGCUAGUCUGCAGAGACAUCACCGUUGUGCUCUAUGCUGGUGAUGCUGACUACAACUGCAACUGGCUUGGUGGAGAGGUCGUUGCCCAGGAGGUCAACGCUCCUGGUUUCUCAACUGCAGGUUACACCAAUGUCACCAGCUCAGACGGUGUCGUCCAUGCACAAGUCAAGCAAUCUGGCAAGUUCUCCUUCGUUCGCGUCUUCGAAUCUGGUCACGAAGUGCCUUUCUACCAACCACUCAUGAGUCUGGAGAUGUUUGACCGUGCAAUUAACGGCAAGGAUAUCGCAACUGGUAGACGCUCGGUAAAGGGUGGCUACAAGACGUCUGGCCCAGCCAAGAGCACGUACCGUGAAGGCAACUCAACUGUGCAGUUCGAAGUCGUCAACGCAACCGCCACAUACAACACUACCCUCAAUGCGCCAAACCCACCAUCGAGCCAGAAGAGUCUCAAAGCUGCGAGCAAGAGACGUCUUUUCAAGCCUGUCAAGAGAGUCGUCGACCUGACUUCCUAG